ACAUCACGUCAAGCAGCUCUGUCCUGUGCACUUGCUGGUGUUGCGGAUCAUUUUUCUGAAGACAAAUACAUUGUACAAAUGACCCAAUCCAGUGUUGCACAAGACUUCCAGUCACUCAGUUUCUACACUUUUACUAGACCUCACAUGACCAAAAUAAUGUAAUCUCUUCAUCUGAGCUCAUGAAAGACAGUUUCAUAAGGUUUAGAAUCAACGUCAUGGUCAAAUACCUUUCAGGUGUUUCUUACUCAAGCAGUUAUUUUAUUUAUUUAUUUAUUUAUUUUAUUACUUAUUAUUAUUUUUUAUUAUUUCUUUAUUGGCAUUGAUGAUUCACCUUUAACAUCCAUAGAAGCUUUCCUUUCCACAAAAAGUUUCUUUAUAGUGAAAAAAGGUUACAUGUUCUUCACACAUUGGGCCCUAUCAUACACCCGGCGCGAUGCAAGUGUUUUUUGCUAGUUUCAGCCUGAUGCAGUUAUCAUUUUCAUGUCCUGCGCCAUGUUGUUUAAAUAGCAAAUGCAUUUGCGCCCAUUUGAGCACCCAUGGGCGUUCUGGUCUGAAAGCGAGUUGUGUUCAGGUGCACUGUUGGCGUAUUGCUAUUUUGAGGAACUGAAAACGACUGCGCCAUUGACCAACUGAAACCUGCUCUAAAGUCAAUGACGCAGUAUUUUUUUUUGUUGUUGUUGUUAUUUAAAGAAUGCAUAAGUAAUAUGCACCUAUAAGCGUGUUGCAGCACCACACAAACAUGCCAAAUAUUAAAAAUAAAAGGAUUACAAUGUAAAAGAAAAUUAUUGCGUAGAUAAAGAUAAAAAUGCUUUGGUGGAAUCUGGCUUGUCCUGUAGAAGGUUUAACCUUGCGCACAAGCGGAUCCGUUUCCUCACUAGAGAAGUGUACAGUUUUUCCGCUUGCUAAUUCCGCCAUGUAAAUAGCGAAUCCACCAUGGCACGAGCGCAACUGGCUUUUAAAGGGAAUGGGAGAUACUCGGUUGGUUUAUUGCAUGUUACGCCAAAAACGCACCCAUUACUCAGUAAGAGAAUAGGGAUAACCCUUUUAGACCAUGCACCGGGCGUGCCAAACAUUUUUCCCAUCGUUAAACUAGCAAAAAUGGAUUCGGAGACGCCCUAAGUGCACUUGCACUGUGCGCUUUAGACCAUACGCUUAGAUCGUUAAAAUAGGGCCCUGAGACUAAAAUGGUUCUCUGUGCACUGAGGAACCAAAUAUAUUUCUUCUAUGGCAUCCCCUUUUGGAAGCUUUAUUUUCAAGAUUUUACUGUGUUAAAAUCACUGUAAUGAAUGGAUUAGAUUAAUGCUGUCAAGAGGUUUACAUAACAUAUCUCUGAUCUUAUAACUAUUUAUUUUAAUUGUACUUUUCUGCACUUUUUUCCACUCACUGUCUUCAUCCUCUAUGUGCCAUCUAGUUAUCCGCUCCCUUUGAAAUAAGGAAACCGCACUUCCCUUGUGAGUGCAAGACAUGAGUUCAUUCAUAAAAAAAGAGGAUGCGAUACUUUAUCUGUCUGCCUUUUUAGACUUCUUUGGGAAAAUGGUAGACCGCUCUGGGAAAAUCCAGGAUUUAAAUAAAUUUUUGUGUUACCCAGAGAUAUAUUGAGAUCAUUUAUUUUUGCUUCACAAUGCACCAGUUUUAGCAUUUUCCUCACAUUGUUUUCUGCCUCUAAAAUAUUUUUUAAUUCAAUUAUAAAUAAUAUAUUGUAUUAUAUUUAUUAAUUGUAAUGUAUAUUACACAUUUUAUUUUUUUUAUAUAUUAUAUAUUUAAAUGCAUUAGAAUGUGUCCAGAAAAUGUAUAACAAAUUUAUGCUCUGAUUCUGAGAAGUCACAUUGAUGUCUAUCCACUCAUUGGAUGUUAGCAUUAUACCAACAUCUCAAUCCAAUAGGUCUAAAAUUUUGUUUAGCAUAUGACGGGAGUCUGAUUUCAGCCUUGUUGAAGACCAUGUGCUUCUCUACAGAGUCUCGCAUGAACUGAUGCAACAGUUUUGCUCAGCUGCACACAAUGUUUCCGGCACACCAAAUCAGGCCACUAGACUCUUUUGACGUAAAAGAUUUAUCAUUCCAAGUUCACUUGCUAGGGGUCGCCAUUGUGUUUCUAUCUGAACAUCUAGUGGAUAUCUGAUGCUUCUUCUCACAGUAUAAACAUCACUUCUGGGGUGACUUAUAAAGCCUUAUCAAGAUUGAUGUUUGAACUGAGCUUUAAAAUGUAUGGUUGCAAUGACAGUUUGACCUCAAAAGAAGUGUUAAAAGCUGGGAAAUGUGGUUUAAACAAAAGCUUCCACUUUCACCCCCCACAUCAACCCACAUUUCUCAUGUCUCUUAAAUGCACUGUCACGAUUCGAGGCUUGGCAAAAGGAAGCUCCAUACAGUCACUAUUUUAGAUAUUUAACUGAGUUGCUUUUAUUUCCAUCUUCCUUUUUUGUUUCCCUUUUUCCCUUUGGAAAACCCAUUAAUUUCAAAGAUAUUUACAGAAUAUUCUCUAAAAUUAUUAUUAGAUUAUUAUUUCAUUGGAGUGUUUUUGUGUGUGUGGUUGCUCUUGAUCGCUUCGUACUCAAGGAACAAUACUUAGUACUUCAAACAUUUGUAAUCAUAAUGUAAAAACUUUGUUCGCAUAUAAAAAGUCAAAUAAAAGGAUGUGCUGCAUUCAAAGGUGAAACAUUUCGAGAUAAACAGACACUUUCUUAUGAACCUCUGAGCCACAGAGAUCUGAUAUAUACUGUAUGUAUCUGUUCUGACAACUGCAAAAGACCCUCAGAUUGUGGUUGGAGAAAAAGAGCAGGCCUCCAUGACCUAGAAAAUCAGGAAACGCAGUGAGCAAACUCGUUCGUAAAGAUGCUGUUGAAGUGUUGAUUGUGUUUGAUGUCCUCUGAUAGCUAAUUAAAUAUUUCUCGCACAUAUACAUUAUCAUUUUGUUCGCCUUUGUUGUUUAACAUCCACUAAAUAAGUCUCAUUUCUACACUGAUAAAAAGGAUUCUGUGGUGAAGUAAAUAUUACAGAAAAAAACAAAUGUCAUUUCUACAUGAAGAAGUUAGUUUAUGCAAGAAUAAAAAAAAAGUGAAUUCUAUAUUAGUACUCAAUUCAAGUUUGUAGAAAUUAAAGCGUAAAUAUCAACAUUAUGAAAUUAAGUAAAACUUUUCUGAUACUGGUGUUCCCAUCAUGCACUGGGGCAUGAAUAAUUAAUAAGGCUAAUUUUUCACUGUUUUCCAGCUGUAUUUUCACUGUUUUAUCAUUGCGUUUGUGGUUAGGUUUGUGAUUUUCUACUCAAAAACGAUCCGUCGAAUGUUAUCAUCAUUGUGUGCCAAGUAUUGAGGUCUCUGAGUUCAAAUGCUGUUACUUUUUUAUGUAGAUAUGGUGUCUACACAAUAUUUAUUGUAUUAUUUACUUAGACUACUGCUAUAAAAAUGUGGUAAAACACACUAUAAAAGCAUGUUUUAAUUCAGUGUUAUAUUGUUUGAGUAAAAGUAUUGCAAAGGAAACUUCAACAAAGUAGAAAUUACUCAAACAUUUUACUGGCCAAGUUAAAUUUACUUAUUUUCUUUAAUUUUACUUAACUUGGUUAAGUAGAGUUUACUUAAUUCCAUAUGUGAAAUUUACUCAAAAAUAUGUGUGCAAAAGAAACAUUUAGUAAAUUUGACUUUUGUGUAAUUACAUCUUCUCUGUGUGAUGGUCAGUCUUUACUCUAUAGCCAGCAUUCUGUUAUUAGUGUUGUUAUGUAUUGCUUCAGCCAAUGACGUUAGAGCGGAGGGAAACGCCUUCAAUGGGUCCUAGACCAGCUUAUAUACACAACGUCUUUUUUUUGAUAGUCUGAUAACCAAGAUGGCUGAAUGGAAAAUGUUGUGUUUGCCUUCAGUUCUGCUGCUGUGGCUUCAGAUCUUCUCAACCACAUUGCAAGCUGAAAUUAAGGGUUCAGGCUGUCUAACUACUACAGAUACUAAAGUUCCCGUGAGGAAUCUGCGUAGCUACACACGACAGCGCAAACCCAUGUUCCCUGUGAAUGCUGUGAGGUUUCUUACAGUCAAAGGGAACACAAUCUGCUCAGAUCCCUCCUCACUUUGGGCCAUUAAAGCAAUGAAGUACCUGGAUGAAAAGAAGAAACGUCAGUCAGGGUUAAGUAAAGCUUGUCAAUCUGUGACAGCAACUUGGAGAAGAUUUCAGCUGGAUGGGCUGGCAUGGGAGGAAGAAGAGGAAGGUUCAGCCUGUCUAAAUACUACAGAUACUAAAGUUCCUGUGACGAAUCUGUGUAGCUUCAGCAUCCAGUGCAAACCCGUGUUCCCUGUGGAUGCUGUGAGGUUUCUUACAGUCAAAGGGAACACAAUCUGCUCAGAUCCUCCUCAGCAUGGUGUUCUGGGUAGUGGUUUGUUCAGUAGUACCCCAGUUUCUGCCUGUGGUGGCGUGAGAGAGGAGCCGUGUCAGUGGGCGGUUGUUCCAUGUGUCCCAGUUCAGAAGAUGAAGUCGCAUAUGUUGGGUUUCCAUGCAGUUCUGCUGCUGUGGCUUCUGGUCUCGUCCUCAAUGCAAGAGGAAAUUGUUAAGGGUAAAAGCUGUCUAACUACUACAGAUACUAAAGUUCCCGUGAGGAAUCUGCGUAGCUACACACGACAGCGCAAACCCGUGUUCCCUGUGAAUGCAGUGAGGUUUCUUACAGUCAAAGGGAUCACAAUCUGCUCAGAUCCCUCCUCACUUUGGGCCAUUAAAGCAAUGAAGUACCUGGAUGCAAAGAAGAAACCUCAGUCAGGGUCAGCUCAUCGAUCUGUGACAGCGGUGCCUACGAAUACAUCAACCAUAAAUAUGACUCGGUCAUCGGCUCAGAUUGAAACGCAGACCUCUGGACAAAAAUAAUUGCUAUAACUGGCCAGUAUCAUUUUGCGUUUUCUCUUUUGAGAUAACAUGCACUUUAUUGUACAUCACGCACUUUAUAGUUUGUGAUGUUUAAAAAAAAAAACAAUGUAUAGUGUUACUUUUUUGGUCACACUUUAGUUUGGGGUCCAGUUCUCACUAGUAACUACAAAUUUUGCUUCAAAAAACUCCUAAUUACUGCAUAUUAAUUGUAAGUAAAGUAGUUGUUACUUUUAGAUAUUGGUAGGAUUAAGGGAUGUAAAAUAUGGUCAUGCAGAACAAGGCAUUAAAAUGUGUUUUACAAGUACUUAUAAUUCGCCAAUAUCCUAGUAAUAUGCAUGAUUAUAAACAACUUGUUAAUAUAGUGAGAACUGGACCCUAAAGCGUUACCCUUUUUACUUACAAAAAAGAUUGUACUUAUAUCUAUUAAUAUCAAUAUUUUUUAUUUGUCUAAAAUGUUUUUUAAAAUGUUAUGUAUUUCUGUGUAUAAAGGUAAUGUUGUCAAAUAAAUUAAAAUAAUUUGUACCAGACCAUUUUGAGGUGCUUGUGUUUAAUUCCUGUAGCUUAAAGUAUUAAUAUUUUAAGUGAAAGUUGUAGCAUCAAAUUUAGAAAAUAGUGCCUGUUCAUAAGGUAUUUAAAAUGUUUUUUUUUAAUUAAACAGAAGCACUCUGUAAACAGAUACAGAUCAAAGCCAUAUGUCAGAAUAGUUUAACCACCAGUGCGCAAUGAAAGAUCUCAAGUGAUGAUAAACCAAAUCUAGCUUCUGACUAACUUCUGCCAUGCACUGUAAGAUGAACUGAUAUGUGAAAAUCCCCCAGACAACUAACUAAACAAUACGUCAAUAACAAUAAUUUUAAACAAUAUGCCUUAAACCAACAAUUA